GUACAUAGACAAAACAAAAGCCGACCCAUCCCACAUUCGCCGCAUGAUUUGCUGCGCUGGGGCACGAUGCAGUUGGAGAUUGUCGUCCAAAAAGCUGUGAGACUGAAGCAUGAUGGGCGACAUUGCGUGGAGUUCCUUCUGGAUGGCCACGGUCCUGAGCGGACACCAUGGGUGGAUGAUUUGUAUGACACCACAGGGCGGAUCGUCGAGCCCAAGAACUUCAAGAACAUCAAGAGAACGAUCCAGCUCAAAGGGUCCUCCGCCAGCCUGGAAGGCAGCUUUCUACAUGUGGCACUCUAUCAUCAAAGGAUGUUGAGGGACGAUAAGAGGGCCGCCGAAGCUCAUUUGCCGUUCACCCGUCUCGCCAAGGGCUUUAGCGGUUGGGUCUCCUUGGAGCACAAAGAGAAGUAUGCAGGAUCCAUUUUCAUCGAUGUGGUCCUUGCGGAUGGGCCACCGCCGCGAGCGCAACGCACAGCGACCGUUUCUUCUACGGGCACUGUACCGACUCCCAGGAGCAGAGCCCAAUCUGAGGAAGUGGCGGAACAGAUGGCCAUCUUGGCCAGCAUCCAACAGAGCUCCCCAGAGAAUCGGGACGCACGAGCGCCAGCACAGCCAGCACGGCCGACGCAGAGCUCAGCUGUAGCUUGGCCAGAGUGGCCUAGCCAGGCGCCGACCGCGCCCGCGGCACCGCCCUUGCCCGCGCCGACCACGCCGCCGGCGCUUCCGGAGCCCGCAGAGCCUCCUGAGUGGAUGCCCUGGCCCCGCUUCAGUGCGGCCCUGCAACGUGGAGAGCCCUUGCGGGCGCCCUCCGCCCGCUGUGCCCACAGCGUGGCUUCGGGACGGAGGAAGGCUUUGCUGAUUGCCCUCAACUACCCUGGCACCCCCGCGGAGCGGCGGUGCGGGCGGAAUGACUUGGAGAGGGUCACACAGAUCCUGUUGAGGCUGGGAUUCCAAGAGGAAUGGAUCUUGAAGCUCUCAGAUUGUGAGCCCGGCACCGACCGUCCCAGCAAGUCGAACUUCGUGGCGGCCUUACAGUGGUUGACCCACAACGUGGUCUCAGGAGACGUGCUGUUCUUCCAUUACAGCGGCCACUCGGCGCUCCACGAGGAGGGGAACGCGCUGCUGGAUGCCUACUGCCCCAGCGACUUCGCCGAGGCGGGCCAUUUGCCAAGUCGCGAUUGCUAUGAGCUAGUCUCUACCCUGCCGAAGGGAGUCCGGUUGACAAUGCUGGUGGACUGCUGUGUUCCCUGCUCCUGUCCGCAGCUGCCCUUCCAGUGGAACGCACAGAGCCUCCAAUGGAGCGAAGACGCCGACGCCUCGUCGUUGGCGCCCACGGCGGCGGCGGACAUCGUGGGCUUGGGUGGGGCCUCAGAGGCAGAGAUGAGCCCGGAGCAACUGACAGAGGCGUUGCGGGCAGAGCAGGGGCCCAUCACUGAAGCAUUCCUGCAGGCGAUGCAGGAGCUGGCGGCCCGGCGGAAGGGCCCGGUGACCUUUGCUGAGUUGCUGGAAGGCGCCUCUCUGCGGCUGCAAGGCACGGCGCACGCGUUCUUGCAGCUCUCGGCUACGCGGCUCUUCGAUCCCAAGAGCCGCAGCUUCCGCUUCUUCGAUGCCAUCGAGUGAGGAGCUACUCCAUCUCGAUGGAGUGAGUGGCGUCCGCUCAGGUGAGCGGAGGUUUUAGACUGGCGACCACUGGACCACUGGAUCGAUCCACUAUGACCGAAACAGACCGUGGUUUAGCUUUAAUAGGACCGCGGAUCGCCCAUCUCGCCGGCUGGGUAGACGCCCGUCGAUUUCCGUCCCCA